AUGUCUUUCGCGCAAGAUGCAGAAAUGCAGCAUCUUGCGCGGCUGCAGCUUGACUACAUCACUGAGUUGCUCUCACAGAACCCAGAGGAAGAUGAAUUGCCUGAACUUAUCCAGGACCUGAUACGCACCCGUCCCUACUUGGAACUCGUUGCCGCGGGGGCCGCAGUGUUCAAUGAAGAGGCUGUUAAUGCUCGAGUCAACAAAGGCUUCUCUGCCCCCGAGUAUGAUCUCGAGGGGCUUCGCGAUCCGUCUCCUUCGGCCACGGCACCUACUCGCCAGGUUGGCGAACUCGUUACCGCUGUUGCUGGCACCAUGGAUGGGUUUCACGCAGACGGACACGAUAUUGUGAUCACAUCUGCUCCUGGUACUCCUCCUGGUCCUUCUGUGGAGGUCGCAUAUCAGAAUGCCUUCGCCCGUCUUGAUGCCGCUCUUCGAGAUAGACAUGAUUGUCUCUCUGACAUCUAUGCCGAUGACAAUGCUGGUGCUCCUCCGCCGACUCCCUGGGAGUUGGAGACUGUUCACUCAAACAGUAGCAAGGUCUCAAAGGUCACGGAAACUGCUCUUGCUUUCCUCUCCAAAACAGAUGUGCGUCACAUCAUUGAAACCCGGGCACAGAGUUCCAGUCAGUCAAUCUCUUCGCGAGGGGCAGAGCAUGGCACCCCUCAAAAGGACUCAACUACCCGCGAUGUCGAAAGUGUCAGCAUUGAGACUGCAUCCCCAACACCAACAACCCACCUCCACCAUGAUGAGGUGGAUGCGGGCCUCAUUUCUUUUGAUGAGGAUCCCACUCCUGCCGGCACUAUCCCGACUACUAUCGGAGAUGUUUCCCCUCCUACGAGCACUUUCGCUAAGGAGUGGGAAGAGAGCGAAUGUGGCAAUGUCGCACUUGAUGUCUCCUGUACCAUCGCCCACUCUGUCGAGUUUGAGACCGAACUUCCGGUGCAGACCUCUGAGGUUGUCCCUUUCUCCACCAAGGGAACUACUUCAGCUCCGAAUGAUGAGUGCAUUGUCUCUACCGAGCCACAGUGCGCUGCUGUAUCCAUCACCGGUGAUGACGCAUUUACACAUGCAACCAGUGUUCACCAGGAUAGCAAUGUUAUCAAGUGCUUCAAAUGUGGUAAAGACUGUGAUGGCAAUGCCAUCACAUGCUCUUGCGGCCAUCAUUAUUGUGCUGAUUGUCUUAACGACGUGGUCAAGGCUUCAAUCCAUGGGUCCACUCCCUUCCCUCCUGUGUGUUGCGAAAUUCCAAUCCCUGUUGACAUCAACUCUUCUAUCUUCGAUGAGAAGAUUUUGUACGAUUUCCUGUGGAAGAAAUUUGGGGCAUCUGAUGUCGGUGAACAGGGUAGCAUCGAUGAACAGGGUGACAAGUCACUGCCCUCUCCCCAUUCUCUCCCUUCUCUUCCAUCUACUCCGUUUACCCCAUCUACCCCAUCUACCCCAUCUACCCCGCCUGUUCCCUCUCCUCCCUCGCUUUCAACCGAGGAGGAAGCGGAGUACUCCUUCAGUGGAUUUGGUGAAGAAGCAGCCGAUAAUGGAGAUGCCAAGUGCCGCUUGUGUCACAAGACUAUUGAGAAAGGCUUGUAUUGCCCUGACUGUUGCUACCGAUGCAACAACAGCAGAGCGGACUGCAAAUGCGACUGGUGGGAUGGCCGCCAGCGCCGUGAAAACGACUUGGCUAUCGUCAAAACCUCAAACUUCCAGACUGCUCAACCACAGGUUGCACCAUUUCGGGGACAACGAAAGCAGUUUGGGGGUAUUUUCCAACGCAACAAUGGAACACCUCGUGAUGAGGCCCAGAAUGGGGCUUGCCAGCACCUAUUGAUGAAGCAGGUCAAGUUUUCGGGUCGAUGUUUUGACUGCCACCACAUGCUGCCUGCGUUUCUAUGGCAGUGCACACGCUGCAAAUACUUAGUUUGCAAACAUUGUGGCAAGAAGCGGGGAAUAUUUUCCCACUGA